AUGACAAGACUAAAUAGAAACGCUGCAAGAAUGCUUCACAAAUAUCAUGCUCAUGCUUCUACCGAUGUAACUGGAUUUGGACUUCUUGGUCAUGCAGAUAAUCUUUCGCGUGCCCAGAAAGCCAACGUUCGUUUCGUAAUUGACACGCUGCCAGUGAUCGAAUACAUGGACGAGAUCGCAUUGAAAAUGCCGAAUCGAAAUGGUUUCAAUUUAUUUGGAGGAACAUCUGCUGAGACAAGCGGUGGUCUGCUUGUAGCUGUCAGCCCAGAAAAUGCUGAGCCUUUCAUCCGUGACAUGGAGUCUGUCGAUGGUUUCCCCGCAUGGGUAGUUGGUCAUGUUGAAGCACUUAAUGGAGAAGACAAUCAUGCAAUCAUCCACGAGAAAUACAAGGUUGUAUCUGUCCCAUCGAAAAUCCACGGUUGA